CCCACCAAAAAGUUUAUCACUUUUGAUCAUAUUCCUCUCAUCUUUUCUCCUUUUAAUCUUGACCCAAUUGCUUCUUAUUACUCUCACAAAAUAAAAACCAUGAGAAUCCACCCAUUACCCAGAAACAGCAACAACAACAUUCUGAUCCAUCACGCUCGUGAUCCGACCCGAGAACCCGGAAAGAAGCUCCGACGUCUCCCACAUAUCUUCAGCCGUGUUCUAGAGCUGCCCUUGAAGUCAGACGCUGACGUGGCAGUUGUAGAGAGUCAUGAUUGCUUCAGGUUCGUCGCGGAAACAGAUGGUGGAGGAGGAGGAGGUCUGGGAGCUUACAUGGUUGAGAUUCAUCCUGGUGUGGUCAAGGUUCUGGUGAGAACUAAUGGUUCUUCGUCUCUUGGUUUGUCGCUUGAUGAACUUGAGCUUGACGUGUGGCGGUUUAGGCUACCGGAAUCAACUAGGCCUGAGCUAGUGACCGUGGAUUACGACAGUGAUGGAGAAUUGAUUGUCACUGUGCCUAAGAUUGAAGACAAUGGUAGAGAUUUGAUAGUGCUUGUACACUAAUCUAAUGUGAUUGUGAUCAAAUGAGAAAAAUCUUGACUUUUUAUCUGUUGAUAGUGCUUGUAACUAAUCUAAUGUGAUUGCUUGUACACUAAUCUAAUGUUGCUUUUGUAAUCUUAGUACAGAGAUUAUGAAAAAUUGGAUACAGAGUAAGUUGGCA